CUGUAGUGAUGAACCGAUAGUAAUUCUUUGCCUUAUAUGUGGGUAGAGGUUCGUUGAUUGAAGUGCACGCCACCUGUUCGAUGAUAUGUCUGAGUGAAAUCAGAAUGCAUUAUGAUUUGUGGCUUCUUCAUGUAUGUAUAUGUCCUCUUUCGUGAUUAAACCGAGAGCCAUAUCUUGUCAACCCGACCAUAUUACUUCCAGAAUGGUACACUCGAAUUGUAUUAUUUAAGUGCUUAUUGCUUGCCAAAGAUCCUACUUCUACAAUUGGUAGGUCACCGGGUUAUUCAAAUAAGUCGUGUUUUCCGUGGUUUUCCCAUGUUACGACUUCUGUACCAAUUCGGUCAAUCCGGAAUGGAUCGGUUAAACAUUACCAAAACAUUCUGCUUACAUUGUACUUGCAAUUUUCUACGUAUAUACAUCCUUCAUGGUUAAAUAUUAACAUUAUUGAAACUGAUUUUCUGUCUCCCUUGCUGAAUUCUGCUUCGGAUCGAUUCGAUAACAUUUAGUAUGGCGAGAAACUGGGCAAAUCUCCCACAAGAGUUGUUACAACUAUGCUCGCGACGCCUUUGUCCGAAGAAUUUAUUGGCGUUCCGAGCAGUGUGCCGCUCGUGGCAAUCCGCUGCCGCCAAAGAGAGGAGUGACGUCCCAUGGUUGAUGCUCACGGACAAAAAGGGGAUGCUGUGGCGUGAGUUUUUCUGCCUCCCAUGUCAGCAGGUUCACACAAAGCUCCCGCCAGAAGCGAUGGCGAACAGAUAUUUCUCUUCGCGAGGUUGGGUGUUGACAAUCAGCAGAGACUGGGAAUUAAACAUGCUAAAGAAUCCCAUGUCGCGUUACAAUAAUAUUAUUAAGCUUCCCAAUUGGAAUAAGUUCCCCAACAUCCAUGUUUUGCCUCCCUUUUAUGUUGACUUCAUCAGUAAGUUCGUCCUAUCUGAUGGCCCUACUACAUCUCUAGAUUACAAGGUCAUGGUCAUCUACGACUCUGGACUGUUGGGGCUUUGGAAACCUGGUGAGGAGGAGUGGAUGGCAGUGGCCUUCCCCACGGAUGAUAAUUACGAAGUUUUCGAUGUCAUAUAUUAUAAGGAGUGCUUCGUUGCUGUUGAUUGUGAGGGUAGGAUAUGGAGGUGUGAUGUGGAUGGACCAACUCCGUUUGAGGCUCAAUUAGUUUUCGAGAUGCCGCAAAAAGUCGAAGAAUGCGAGCAAGAGUAUCCUUCAGGUUCUCUUUUAUAUCUGGUUCAAGUGUAUCUAGUGCAAUCAACGACAGGAUCUCUAUUGUUUGUGUUACAACGGGAACGAGAAAGACAUACCAAAGCCUUUCAAUUUCAGGUUUUCGAGAUUGACCUUGAUACUCAAACAUGCACGGAAGUUGAGAGCUUGGAGAACACAUCCCUCUUCUUGGGCUGCAAUUCUUCCUUCACUUUGGAGGUCGAUGAAAAUCUCAUUAAGCCGAAUUGCAUUUAUUUCACUGACGAUUAUCUCUCAUUGCCCCAGUUUACUGAAGAUGGAGGAGACACAAAAAUGGGAAUAUACCACCUCGAAGAUGGUACAGUCGAGCUGUGUGUCAAGGGGAAAUCUUCUCCUCCGCUUUGGAUCUAACCAAGCUUUUAAGCCAUAGCUAAAAGUUUUGGCUUGUUAUUAUUCGUGAAGUGAGCCGAUCAGUGGAAUGUCAUGCGAUAGAUAUGGGUGGUACAAAAAGUUAGUAAUUCAUUUUGAAAAUAUGAACUUGUUAGGUCAUGGGAAGUAAAAUUGUACUGAAAUCUGAAUUUUGCUUUCGAUGCUUCGAAUUUUACACUUAAUAUUGAGGAUAUUUUUGUAUCAGCUA